AUGAACCGGCACACGGGCCAGCGGCCGCACCGCUGCCCCGACUGUCCGGCCGCCUUCGCCUCCCCCUCGACGCUGUUCAUGCACCGGCGCUUCCGCCACACGGGCGAGCGGCCGUACGCCUGCCACGUGUGCGAGCGCCACUUCGCCACGCGCGCCAUCCUUCUCGUGCACCGGCGCCGCCACACCGGCGAGCGGCCGUUCAGCUGCCCGCACUGCGCGCGCGCCUACACGAGCCGCAACGCGCUCAGCCAGCACGUGCGCUCGCACGCGCCCGCCGCGCUGGUGACGGAGAUCGUGGUGACUGUGAACAGGCGGGCGCACGCGAGCCUUCGGUCGUCGCCGUUCCUCGGCCACGCCCAAGCCUGA